AUGAUUUUCCAAUUACAGAAUCUCCGCACUCUGUAUUUGAAUUCAAAUAACUUGAGUGGCACAGUAAAGUUGGAUACAAUUUCAGAGGCUGAAAACCUUCAAGAACUUGCGUUAUCCUCUAACAAACUGUCGUUGAUCGUCGAAACCAACAUAACUCACCGGUUCUCCGGUCUAGGUUUGGGUUCAUGCAACUUAAAUGGUUUCCCCGAGUUUCUAAAAGGACAAGAUGGCUUGUCCGAGCUAGAUCUAUCCUACAACAACAUUUCCGGUCAAGUCCCUGAAUGGUUUAUGAAUGUGAGCACAGGAAACCUACAUCAUUUGAACCUUUUCGGCAACUUCCUAACGAGUUUUGCUCAAAAUCCCGUUAUUUUCAAGUGGGAAGAACUUUCUGUAGCGGAUCUCGGUUUCAAUGUGUUGCAAGGAUCGGUUCCGAUUCCCCCUUGGAGAAUCGAGUACUACUUCAUCUCAAAUAACAUGCUCUCUGGAGGAAUAACACCGCUCAUGUGCAAUCUAAGCUCUCUCCUAAUGAUCGAUUUGUCAAGUAAUAAACUGACCGGGUUUCUUCCUCAAUGUUUUAGCGAUAUGAUUGCUGCUUCGGGAGUAGUGAAUCUACAGAGCAACAACUUUAUUGGGAAAAUUCCUCAGUUGAAUGGGGACUUCUGUAACCUUGUUAUGAUUGAUCCGAGUUACAAUAAAUUACAAGGGCCACUGCCAAGAUCGCUUCGCAAGUGUAGCAAUUUGGAAUUCCUGAAUGUCGCACACAAUCAGAUUAGAGAUGUUUUCCCUUCAUGGUUGGGCUCAUUUCUAAGCUUGAAGAUCCUUAUAUUGCGGUAUAAUAGAUUUCAUGGGCUUAUUGGGGAACCGGGUGGUAGGAUUGUGUUCCCUACGCUGCAAAUCAUCGACCUAUCACAUAACGGUUUUUCUGGUAGCUUGCCAUCCAAGUACUUUGAGCAUUGGACUGCCAUGAAAGUAUUUGAUACAGAUCCGUCAAGCUACACUGGGGAUUCUUUUUCGCCGUUCAUGUGGCCUUAUCCGUCAGGCUACAUUGGGGAUGCUUUUUCGCCGUUCAGGUGGCCUUACUCUAUAUUUACGACCUUUGACUACUCUAUGAGCAUAAUUGCCAAAGGCAUCCAAAUGAAUUACUCAAAGAUCCAAGAGCACCUUACAUUGAUUGAUCUCUCGAGCAACAACUUCAGCGGAGCGAUCCCCGGAACCAUUGGAAGCCUAAAGCAACUAAAGUUGCUCAACCUUUCCAACAACAUUCUCUCCGGUCCCCUGCCUUCAUUCUUGGCAAACCUAACGAAUUUGGAAUCAUUGGACCUUUCUCAAAACCGGCUCUCAGGAGAGAUCCCUCAGGAGUUGACGCAGCUCACUUCGCUUGAGGUCUUCAACGUCUCUUCUAACCGUCUGACCGGGCCAAUACCGCAGUCACAGCAGUUUGCUACAUUCGAAAACAACUCCUACAAGGGAAACUCGGGGCUAUGUGGCACUCCUCUGUCCAGAAAAUGCGAUGAUCCCAAAGCCUUGCCGCCAUCAUCUCCGACGUCCGAAGAAAAUCAAGAUUCGGGGAGUGCAAUGGAGUUAGACUGGAAAGUCGUGUGCAUGGGGUAUGCAAGUGGGUUGGUGAUUGGAGUGGUCCUCGGGAACUGCUUGAUCACAAGAAGAAGGGCUCAGAGACUUGUGAAGAAUUUUGGGAAAAGAAAACAAAGGCGAAGAAGGUAGAAGUGCUGGUCCGAAACCUGAGGAACACUUGACCGAAAUCUAUCGUCUUCUAUGUUUGAGUACCUGCAACUUUCUCUUAUGUUUGUUUGCUGCGAUAUAUAUAUUUACUAGCCCAUAUGCAUUUACAAUAAAGCAUUCUGUAAUCAUACAU